UUUUUUUUUUUUUUUUUUGUAAAUAAUAGUUAUUUAUUAGUUUUAAAAUAAAGUGUAAAAAAAAAAAAAAUGUACGAAAUGAUUAGUGCAGAUAAAAAUGUGACAAUAGAAGAAAUGUUAAAUUUUUUAUAUGAAAAUAUGACAAAUUAUGCAAAUUUAAGUGAAGAAGAUUAUUUACUACGACAAUUUGGUCCAAAAUAUUUGUCAUUAAAAUUAGUGAUACCAAUAACAAUUGUUUAUGUUACAAUAUUUGUUAUGGGAAUAUUUGGAAAUGUUGUUACUUGUUGGGUUAUAUUUCGUAAUCCAAUAAUGCAAACAGCAACUAAUUAUUAUUUAUUUAGUUUAGCUGUAUCUGAUUUAAUGCUUCUUGUUCUUGGACUACCAUUUGAACUGAGAGGCUUUUGGCAACAGUAUCCAUGGGAACUUGGCUUGGGAUUAUGCAAAUUACGAUCCUACGUAUCUGAAACAUCUUCUUACGUAUCAGUAUUGACAAUAGUUGCCUUUUCAAUGGAAAGAUACUUAGCAAUAUGCCAUCCUCUGCACCUGUAUGCCAUGAGUGGUCUCAAACGACCACUACGUUUUAUAAUAGUUGCAUGGCUUGUGGCUUUGCUAGCUGCAUUGCCUUUUGCUGUUUAUACGAAAAUAAAUUAUGUCGAAUAUCCACCUGGUAGUGGUUAUUAUUCUGAAGAGUCUGCUUUUUGUGCAAUGUUACUUCCAAAUAUGCCAGAUUUUCCACUAUACGAAUUAAGCUGUGUAAUAUUUUUUUUGAUACCACUUGUGCUAUUGAUAAUUCUAUAUUUACGCAUGACAAUUGUUAUAAAAAGCACAACACUUGGACGAAGUAUUGAAGGAACAGUUCAUGGUGAAACGAGACAAACACAAUCACGUAAAAUUGUCAUAAGAAUGCUGAGUGCUGUUGUAUUUACUUUUUUCUUGUCGUGGUUUCCAUUUCACGCUCAACGUUUACUCUAUGUUUAUGACCGCUCAAGUUCACUUGCUGAUGUCAAUGAAUGGCUCUAUGUUUUUAGUGGUUUUUUAUAUUACAUUAGUACAGCAAUCAAUCCAAUUUUGUAUAAUGUCAUGAGUGCUAAAUACAGAAGUGCUUUUGUACAAACACUUUGCUGCAAACCAACAAUCAAUCACUUCAAUAGAGAUGAACAAAGUAGUAUGAAAGAAACAACACUUUAUCGUUGUGGUUCUUGUAAAAGUUCACAAAUUGCACGUGGACGGAGUAAAAGUGUAAGGUAUCACUUGGAAAAUUCAAAAGAAAUAACAAUCAAAUAUCCAGAUGAUGAAAGUUACAAUUUUCAAUGUGAAAGACGUUGUUCAAAUUUUGAAUCUACAAGUAAUCAUAAUCAAAACACAAAUGAAUCAAGAAAAUUAUCAAUGAUUAUUCGUUCAAACAAUCGUUCAAACAGUCGAAAAAAUGAGACAGCAAAACUUCCUGGUGAAACACAUAUUUAAAUAAUAAAAAUAAAUUACUUUGCUCAUGAAAAAACAUAUAUAUUUUUAUUAUAUUUUUUCUCUGUUUUGUUUUAAAUAAAAUAUUGUAAAUGUUUAUUAAAUAAUUGACAAAUAAUAAUUGAUUUAUUUUGAAAAUAAUAUUCUGUACAUAAAUAAUUUUUUUAUAUUUUUUUUUCAUUUUCUAUUGAUCGAUUAACCUCGUUCCUAAUAAUGUGUCUAUUGAAGAUAGUCUUGUCACGGUGAAUCGAUUUUUAAAACGUGACUAUUCGAAAAAAUUUAAAUAAUAACAUUUUUUUUAAAUUCAUAUGAUGACAAAAACAAUAUAUUUUAUAUUUAUAUACCUAUAUAAAUAAAUAGAUACAUAAAGUUGAAAUACAAAACGAUUUAAAGUUUUAAAUAAUAAAGAAAAUCAACAGUAAUAUAUAUGGUUUUGUUAUCAUAAACUAGAAAUUUUGAAUCUUCAAAGUUUGCUCAAGAGGUCUAUCUUCUUCAAGGUAAAAUUGAAGUAACUUUAUUCACCCACGAAAAGCUUGAAGAGCUUUAUAUUGCCCGUUUUAAAAGCAAUAAAAAUUCGAAAUAUUAAAAUCCUUCCUUUGAUAACAAAAAAAAAUAAAAA